GCGAGCGGAAGAGGAAGGAGCGGGCUGGGCUGUGAGGUGGCAGUGACUGCAGCGGCGGAGCCGGCGUCUCGGCCGGUCACUGGGGUCUGUUUCCCUUCCCCCCCACUUCCCCCUGCAAGGGUGACAGGGGCGCCGCUCCAGGGGACAGGAGCAGGUCCCACCCCCACGCCCUCGCCCCCGCUUCCCGGGACCGCGCUGGCCGCGUCUCCCGCACCCAGCCGCCCGUUAUCUGGCCGCCGCCGCCCCUGUCCCUUCUGCAGAGGCCACCCCCGUGGGCCUCGGGGCUUCGCCCGCUGGCGCCAGCGGGGCUUUUGCCCCUGCCGACGGGCCAGAGAACGGGGUCUUUGCCCUCCUCUCCCAGCCGCGACCUCCACUCCCCGAGCCGAACAAACCGAGCUUAGGCCCCUGACCCUCCUCGACAGCUCCGUGACGCAGCCGGUUUUAUUUCUGUUUUGAGACUAACGGCUAAAACUCGCUUUGGGCCUUCUUUCUAGGACUAGAAUUGAUCUUUGAUCGCCGAGAGGUAGAGCAGGGGCGCCGGGCCUGGCAACGGUCACACCAGCCGACCCUCCGUUUGCCUUCCCGGGAUCCCUGCGUUGUCUCUAGCUACUCGCUCUCUCGGUUUGGUUUGGUUUGGGUACCUUGGUCCCUGGUAAAAUCAGACGCCGAGUAGCUCUUACACUGUCCGAAUUACUGUCAUUUGCCUCCUGUCUCUUCUCAGAGGAAGGUGGGCAGCGCCAGCCUCUCAGCAGCUGGGAUUCAAAGAAAAAUGCCCUGCGAAGCGGCUCCAUCAGCCGUUGUGCUCCUCUGAGAGGCUCUCGGUGCUGACUCACCAUAUCUGUCCACCUCAUUUGGGUGGGCAGAACUUCUGUGCGCCAUGCCAGUGGCUCCUGACCACUCCUGACUAGGAGGAGGGGUUACUCUAGCUGUGUGUUUCCUUAACACCCCAGGGGUAGAGUAGAAAGAGGCCCUGACCUCUUCCCUUGUGCCUGCCUUCAGCAGCUAGUCAGCAGCCCCUUCAGUAAAUUGAAAUAGAGGCCCCGAGGCACAGAAACGUGCCCGAGCCAGGCACUCUUUGGGAAAGGCCUACCGAGGCAGGCUCCUCCAGUCGGGGCUGUCGUUUGGGUGGAGCAUGUGCUUUGCCCCAGCCUCUUCUUUAUCAGUUCUUGCUGUCUCUUGACUCAGAUCCAGUCUACAGAUGUGUGUAAACCUUCUUUUGGGGUUAGGUUUGGCAAGAUUGAGUUUUGUUUCCUCCCCUUUCUACUGGCAGACAGACCAUAAUCCCAUUAGUGGGUGAAAUGGGUUCUAAUAUUUAUUACCGUUUGGCCUAAGGGUUAGAUCCGACUCCUUGGUGACUGAAGACCGGGUAGAUGCUUUCUGGGGAUGCUGGGCCUGGAAGCAAACACACCUUGCCCUGUUGUUGAGCUCAUUGACCCCAGGUUCCCUGUUAAAGCUGCAGGCCUACUACUGGCCUGGCGCCCAUCAACCCACUGAUCAAUCCUUGAGGCUGUGCCCUCUGGGACACGCACAUGGCAGGGCCUACCAUCAUGCGACUGAGUUCCCUGUUGGCUCUGCUGCGACCAGCACUGCCCCUCAUCCUAGGGCUGUCUCUGGGAUGCAGCCUGAGCCUCUUGCGGGUUUCCUGGAUCCAAGGUGACGGAGAAGAUCCCUGUGUAGAGGCUGUGGGGGAACCAGGAGGGCCACAGAAUCCAGACUCAAGAAAUCAGCUUGACCAAAGUGAUGAAGACUUCAAACCCCGGAUUAUCCCCUACUACAGGGAUCCAAACAAACCCUAUAAGAAGGUGCUCAGGACUCGGUACAUCCAGACAGAGCUGGGCUCUCGUGAGCGGUUGCUGGUGGCUGUCUUGACUUCCCGGGCCACGCUGUCCACUCUUGCUGUGGCUGUGAACCGCACAGUGGCCCACCACUUCCCUCGGUUACUGUACUUCACUGGGCAGCGAGGGGCCCGGACUCCGGCAGGGAUGCAGGUGGUAUCUCAUGGGGACGAGCGGCCGGCCUGGCUCAUGUCAGAAACCCUGCGCUAUCUUCAUACACACUUUGGGGCCGACUACGACUGGUUCUUCAUCAUGCAGGAUGACACGUAUGUGCAGGCCCCACGUCUGGCAGCACUUACUGGCCACCUCAGCAUCAACCAAGACCUGUACUUGGGCCGGGCAGAGGAGUUCAUUGGCGCAGGCGAGCAGGCCCGGUACUGCCAUGGGGGCUUUGGCUACCUGUUGUCACGGAGUCUCCUGCUUCGAUUGCGGCCACAUCUGGAUGGCUGCCGAGGAGAUAUUCUCAGUGCUCGUCCUGAUGAGUGGCUUGGCCGCUGCCUCAUCGACUCACUGGGCGUCGGCUGUGUCUCGCAGCACCAGGGGCAGCAGUAUCGCUCAUUUGAACUGGCCAAAAAUAGGGACCCCGAGAAGGAGGGGAGCUCGGCUUUCCUGAGUGCCUUCACAGUGCACCCUGUCUCCGAGGGAACCCUCAUGUACCGGCUCCACAAACGCUUCAGUGCUCUGGAGCUGGAGAGGGCGUACAGUGAAAUAGAGCAACUGCAGGCACAGAUCCGGAACCUGACCGUGCUGACCCCCGAGGGGGAGGCAGGGCUGAGCUGGCCUGUUGGGCUCCCGGCCCCUUUCACACCACACUCUCGUUUUGAGGUGCUGGGCUGGGAUUACUUCACAGAGCAGCAUACCUUCUCCUGUGCAGAUGGGGCUCCCAAGUGCCCACUGCAAGGGGCUAGCAGGGCGGAUGUGGGUGAUGCUGUGGAAACCGCUUUGGAGCAGCUGAAUCGGCGCUAUCAGCCCCGCCUGCGUUUCCAGAAGCAGCGGCUGCUCAAUGGCUACCGGCGCUUUGACCCAGCGCGGGGCAUGGAGUACACCCUAGACCUGCUGCUGGAAGCUGUGACGCAGCGUGGGCACCGGCGGGCCCUGGCCCGCAGGGUCAGCCUGCUGCGGCCGCUGAGCCGGGUGGAAAUCUUGCCUAUGCCCUAUGUUACUGAGGCCACGCGUGUGCAGCUGGUGCUGCCACUCCUGGUGGCCGAAGCUGCUGCGGCCCCUGCUUUCCUCGAGGCCUUUGCAGCCACUGUUCUAGAGCCACGAGAGCACGCGUUGCUCACCCUGUUGCUGGUCUAUGGGCCACGGGAAGGUGGCCGAGGGGCCCCAGACCCAUUUCUUGGGGUAAAGGCUGCAGCGGCUGAGUUAGAGCGACGGUACCCUGGGACGAGACUGGCCUGGCUCGCUGUGCGAGCAGAGGCCCCUUCCCAGGUGCGGCUCAUGGACGUGGUCUCUAAGAAGCACCCCGUGGACACACUCUUCUUUCUUACCACCGUGUGGACCAGGCCUGGACCCGAAGUCCUUAACCGCUGCCGCAUGAAUGCCAUCUCUGGCUGGCAGGCCUUCUUCCCAGUCCAUUUCCAGGAGUUCAAUCCUGCCCUGGCACCACAGAGAUCUCCCCCAGGCCCCCCUGGGGCUGGCCCUGACCCUCCGUCCCCUCCUGGUGCUGACCCAUCCCGGGGGGCUCCUGUAGGAGGCAGGUUUGACCGACAGGCUUCUGCGGAGGGCUGCUUCUACAAUGCUGACUACCUGGCGGCCCGAGCCCGGCUGGCUGGUGAACUGGCAGGCCAGGAAGAGGAGGAAGCCCUGGAGGGGCUGGAGGUGAUGGAUGUUUUCCUCCGGUUCUCAGGGCUCCACCUCUUCCGGGCCGUGGAGCCAGGGCUGGUGCAGAAGUUCUCCCUGCGCGACUGCAGCCCUCGGCUCAGCGAAGAACUCUACCACCGCUGCCGCCUGAGCAACCUGGAGGGGCUGGGGGGCCGUGCCCAGCUAGCCAUGGCUCUGUUUGAACAGGAGCAGGCCAACAGCACCUAGCACAACCGGGGCCGUGCAUCGGUGCAUAUUUCCCUUUUCUGCCUCAGCCCUGGGAAAGGCAAGGCAAGAUGGAUGGACAGAUGGAAAGCUUGUUGCUGUAUUUUUUUUAAUAAGAAAAUGUUAUUAAAAGUGUCUUCUGCCAAACUGUUUUUAGGUCUAGAGAAAAUGGAGUGAGAAGAAUCUGAGGAAGGGGGCGGGAGUUUUCCCAGAGGGACCCACUGCCUUCCCCUGCCCUUCCCUCCCUCCCCAGUUGCCAGUGACCACACAGCUGCUCUCAGAUGAAUGACUUUUAAUCCAGUCCCCCGCCUCACCCAGAAGGUGUCAGAAGAGUGACAGCAGAGCCCUGGGGGACAGGGUGCGGGCCCAGAGGCCCACAGUGGUGCUCAUCCAUAGGGGCUCCUAGGUGUUGCGCACAACCAGCGACUGCUCCAGCUCCUGCCUGCGCUGCUGGAUCUGUAGAGAAAUAAGUGCAGGAGCAGGGUUAUGGUGUUGCUGGUGAGUGACAGGACAACCCUACCGCCGGCCGGCCUGGAAGAGCGGCUGGGAGCAGGGAGGGCUACACAUGGUGCAGGGGAUGGUGGAGUGGCAAGGGCUGCUGACCAGGCUGAGAAGGGAGGUUUCUCUUGGAGUGAGGGGGGAGGCCUGAGGUGCAUGGGCCCCUCCACACCUUGCAGUAGAAGUAGCGGCUGACGGCUUCCUGGGACCAGGGCUGGUGGUAGAACUCAGCCCGGCGCUCCUCCUCGGGGUUGCCUGCCACAUCUGUCAUCACCUGGGAGGGAGCAGUGGGGUCAGCCCUGAGCCCGGACUCCUCCAGCCCCUGUGUACACGUUUACUGUCUUCCCCAUAUGCUUCUCUUCCAUCCAGUGCUCCCUGAGUCCCCUUCACCUUGAGGUCCCGGCUCUGGGAGCGGAGCAGGUCUUGGAUAUAGCCUUUGGGGUCUCUGGAGAAGCUUAGCAUGAAGUCCCUCUGGAUCUUGAGCUGGUUUAUGGACUCAAUCGUCUCAUGGAUCUACAGCUCUGGGCUCUGGCCCCACCUUACUGUCCAGAGCGCUGAUCUCCUGCUGAUUGGCUGUGGACAGGAGGAAGCUGCUCAUCUGCCCCUUCAGUGGCUCCUCUACCUCCACAUCAAUGUCAUAGCAUGCUGUCUUCUUCUGGUCCGACGGGUCCACGCUGCCAGGGAAGUCCAGACCUUGGUGUCCAUGCUGCCCUCGCAGAGGCCAAGGGCCCCGCGGGCAGAUGCCCUGGGGAGGGAGGGGGCAUGGGGAUGGGAGGAAGAGGGAGGGGCAGGGAGGGCAGGACCCCAGUGAUUCCCUGGUCUGAGGAGCAAGCUGGGGCCUCACCUGAUGACAUGGUUGAUGACAAUUGGGUCAGGGGGCAACAACAGAGCUGUGAGGCGCUGGGGAAUCUCAGAAAACUUCAGCCGGGGACAAUCAAAAAUCUGAAGUAGGAGAGAGAGAUCACUCUUCUGUGCUUGAAAAGAACAUAACUACAGUUCUGGAUUCUUCUAUUCUGGAAAGGCCCCAAGAAGCCAGGAGCAAGUCUAAUUCCUCAGUGCUCAUGGGGCUGGGAGUGGGGAGGCUGUGGGUGGUGGAGUGCCAACAAGGAGGUGGGGCAGUGCCGGAGUUGAGAGCAUGGCCCUGGGUGGGCUGGCCUAGGAAUAGAUCCUGCUUCCACCACUUCUGAUGCAACCUUGAGCAAGCAGGCCUCAGUUUCUUCAUCCCUAGGAUGGGGAUAAUAACAGUACCUAUCUCACAGGGCUGUUGUGAGAAUUAAAUGGAUUGGUACACAUAAAGUGCUUGGAACAAUGCCUGGCACAUGGUGAGUGCUCAAAAUAAACAUCAACUGUCGUUUUUACUCCUCA